AUGGUGGACGCCGGGGUGACGGGCGUGCUGUCGAAGCUGGGAGAGGUGGCGUCGGCGGAGGCGACGGCGCUGCUCCGGGUGGACGAGCAGAUCCGGGAGCUGCGCCGGCGGCUGGUGUACCUGCAGGCGCUUGGCCGCGGCGCCGACCAGCAGCGGCGCGGCCGCGCCAGCGAGCUGCUGCUGCUGUGGGCGCAGGAGACCCGGGAGGUGGCCUUCGAGGUGGAGGACGCCGUCGACGAGUUCCAUCUCAAGGUGGAGGCCUUCCAGUUCAAGGCCAGGCGGGGCCACUCCUGGUACCACUCGGCUCUCACACUGCUAAGCGGGCUCGCCAUGCAGAUUGCUGCAAGGCAUGGCCUGUCAAGGGAGAUAACAAAGAUCAACGGAAGGAUCAAGGAAAUCGGUGAGAUCAAGGAAACGUAUCAGAUCCAAAGCUCCCCGGCUGAGAUAUGGAGCGCGUCCUCCGUUGAUGCCGCCGAUGCUUACUGGGAUAUUGAAGCUGACAACGCCAUCGAGUUGAGGGGGGAAGAAUUUGCGACCCUAAAAACACACAUCCUAGAGGAGCAGAGCAAGAUAGAACGUCGAGCUGUCAUCUCCAUCGUUGGACCAAGCGGCAUUGGUAAGACGACACUGGCCAGGAAGUUGUACAAUGACCGUGCUGUGAGGGAACACUUCAAGGUGCGCGCCUGGAUAAGCCUUCCGCCGUGCAUCCGGUUCGAGAAGUACCUCGAGAUGAUGUACGAGCAGGUCCGCAAGCAGGUCCCUGAAGACCUGCAACAUGGGGAUGGAGACGCCAGUGGUAAACUUCAACAACUUCUGAGAAAACAUGAGCACAAUUAUUUGGUGGUGCUCGAUGGCCUGGUGGACAUUAGUGACUGGAACUCUUUAGUCAGCUUGCUGCCAGAUGACAACCCCAGAAGCCGAAUCCUUCUCACCACACAGCUCAAAGUGAAGGAAAUUAAACCCAGUGUCAAGUAA